AUGGCUUCCUCCAGGCUCAUUCCCAAGUGGAACGACUUUUUUAGGCUUGUGAGUGAAGUCAUUCAAAAAAGCAAGAAACCCACAUCGGAUGAACAGAGUGACGUAAUCGUGCUGACUGACCGAUCCCAAAUACUAUUCAAAGAAUCUCGCUAUCCUCUUACUAUGCCGACUAUAUGCUAUUACUUCAUUGAUGCCCAUUUCUUUGCCUCUCUCUCCUGGGUGUCAUCCUACAUAAAAGAAACACUGGCUGUAGUGUGGGUGAAGAACAGAAUCGACGACAUGGUUGAAAAGAGAACAUUCCCAAUGUCGGAGCGACUGCGGCCUAUCCAGGCCAUGGUGCACACAGGCUCCUUUCAUUUCAUCGUGGUCUACUGUGGCGACAUGAUCCUGAGGCUCUUCGGCGACCAUUUUAGGGCAUUCAAAUCCAUGUGCACUGUGCCUUGCCGCUUUGAUAUCAGCUGUCUCUGCUUCGAUCCAGAAACAAAGAUGCUUCUGUCCGGCAUCCUGGGGGGAGUGGUCACCUGGACCAUUGAACAAACUGGCAAGGGCCUCCACAUGAUGCAAAUAUCACCCAUCUCAGGCGACGAGGUCGUCCAAAACAUCGUCCUGAACGGCCCCAAUGGUUGCCUCAUGGCCCUGUGUGAAAAUACUCUGAGAGUCCUUGAACGCCAGGGCCAGGGUCAACUGGGAGAGGCACAGAGGUUUAUAGCCAUUAACUGCAGCUCUCCCAUUUCCUGCUGCUUUACCAGCUUCGAGGAGAACCUUCUCUACGCUGGGAACAAGGCUGGGGAGGUCUACGUGUGGACCGUCCUUCAAAGCCAGUCUCUUCACAGCUUCAGAGCCCAUCCCGCGUUAGUGGUAUGUAUACAGGGCCGGUCAGAGGCCCACACCCUGCUGACGGCUGGCAAGGAAGGCGUGAUCAAGGAGUGGAACCUCACUUCCGGGAACCUGCUCCGGCACCUGGAAAUUGGUGAGGAGCUCUACGGCCUCCAGUUUAUCGACAACACGACUUUCUUCUGCCAGACGACACAUCAUUUUUCCUUGUGCCGCCUGCCUGGCUUCUACAGCCUCUUCAAUGUCUGCGGCUCCGUUCCCCAGCACUUACGUCGAGUCCGCUGUAGGGAAAACUGCUACCGGAUCCUAUGUGCCACUGAGGACGGCCUGUUGCGCUUCGUGUCUCCUGUAACAGGGGAUCUUCUGCUUAUCACUUGGCCUUUCUCCGUCCUCGACCACGCUGUGGACUGGGCCUAUGACCCAAUUAAAGAGGAGCUUUUUGUAGCGAUGGGCACCUCAGAGGUGCUAGUGUUUGACACGAGCCGCAACCCUUGCCCUGUCAAGUAUCUCUUGUGCACCUCACCGGAUACUCAGGACUUUGUUCAGUGUCUGGCUUAUGGGAAUUUCCAUCUGGGUCGGGGGCUGGAAGGACUGAUAUUCUCUGGGCAUCAGAGUGGUUUGGUAAGAGUACUGUCCCAGCACAGCUGUGCCAGGAUUGAGAAAAUUCUUCACUUUGGGGCAGUCCUGGCUCUGUCAGUAUUCUAUGGGGGCCUUCUGACUACCCGAGAAAACUCUUUGCUCUGUUCCUAUGGGGUAGAUGACUACAUACAAUUGUCAGAAGCUGUGCUGACCGGGACCCGAUUACAACUUAGGGCCCUGGCUUGCAUUCUCAGCAGCUGCCCACUAAAACACCUGGUCCUCCUACCAAGGGCUGUAGGUGCCAUUACGGAUACCAACUGCCUACGGCUCUGGAAGUUCCAUGAUUUUAUGUCCUUUGGGACAAAGCAAGGCACCAAAUUCAUAGAGACGCUGCCUCUGCACCAGUGUCCCAUCACCUCCUUUGACGUCUGCUUGGCCUUGAAUAUUUUUGUCACAGGCGGUUCCGAUGGCACCGUCCGCAUCUGGGAUUUUCAGGGUAGACUUAUAGCCAUGCUGGACUCGUCUCUGCACUUUGGCCCGCUCUGCUUUGCCAAUGACCGGGCCGACCUGCUUGUGACUUUCAACCAGAGUAUUUAUCUGGUGUCCUGUUUACACCUGUUUCCCGAACCCAUACUCUCUCGCCUCGUCCUUCUGUCCAUAACAGAUGACUUGGUAGAAGUCCCCAAACCUUUUAUGCCAAGCUUCUUCUUUUCUUUUGAGACCUUAUUGGUGCCUAAGUACAGCUACCAAGGUCAACGGAGACAGGACCUAGAAGGCCUGGUAAGCCUUCCCAAUAAGCGGGCUAUUGCCUUCGAUCAUAAUGUGCCACACGUCAUAGAGGAAGAAGAAGACGGCAGCACCGUGUUACUGACCGCUUCCCGGUAUAUCCCUUUGGAGGGAAGAGAGCUGCUGCCUGAGUUUGACAAGCAGCCCAAACUCACCACUCACUACGUGAUCCCCGCCCAGUUGCAGCUGACCGCCUGGGACGGACUGAACCCCUAUCAGAUACUGCGAUGCUACUUUGGACAGGGGAGGAAAUGGCUUCUCGCUCCAGACUGCUACAUCCCUAACUCAGUGAUCCGUGCCCGUCUUUGGCCAGAGGGCAGUCCGAUAUUCCUCAAGUGCAGUCUGCACUCACCCCAGCGGGAUCUGGAGUGGGAGAAGGGUCAGCCAUUCUUCUGGCAGAGCAAGAUAAGAGCCAUGAGCGAAGGCGAGGAGGCCCCACAGAAAGAAGACGAAGACUUCCUCGAAAUGAGGCUCACCAAGGACAUCACUUACAACGUCCUCACAGAUAAAACCAACCGCAGCUGGCUGGGGAAGAAGAUGAGUGAGGUGACCAUCAGUAGCCUGAUCGAGGCAAUCCUCAACAUCAUGGUCCACGCCAACCCCCUCAAGUACCAGUGCUGUAUCGGUGCACUGGGGCAGAUCUUCGCCUCGUACCAGGUGUCUCCAGCCCUGCGCUCAGAGACAGCACACCGUCUGCUGGAUGAUACGACCCACCCCAACCCACUCAUCCGGGAACUCUCCUGGGAGGGGCUGAAGCGCCUAGGCAUGAUCACUCAUCUCUUUGCCUUGCCUCUGGCUCAGGGGUUGAUGGACAAGGACCAACGAGUAAGGAGCAAGGCCAUGACCAUAAUGCCCGAGACUGGAAUCCAUUCAAAGAGCUCUCUGUUAACCCUGAUCCAGAAACCAGGCAUCUUCCAGGAGCUGCAGCAAGAGAUGAUUGGGGAGGAGUCCCUGGACCAUCUUCUGGGGCUCCGGCCCACAGAUAUUCAAACGCUCAUUACUCAAAUAGAGCUGAGAUUAAAUGAUAACCUGUCGAUAUCGAAAAGAGAGAAGGUUGACUUCUCCUUGGAAAUCCCGGGGUCUUCUGCACCUAGUCAGGCUAUCUCCUUGCUCCUACUUCCCCCAGUUCCUGAAGUACAUGAAGUUAAAACCAGCAAAAGCCAAAGACAGAUCCGGUCAGCGGGCAGAAAACGGGCCCGGAAACUAUUGAGAGGCCUCAGAAAGGUCAAAGAGGCAGCUAAACAGCAGAAACAGGAGAUAAUCGACCAGGGUGAGGCUGAAGCAGCUCAGGCAGACCUCAAAAUAACCCACUCCAGGACUUCAGCUGGCAGCCUACUGAAGAGCCCCAAAGAGGGGGAAAUUUCAGAGAAAGAUGUCUUGAAGGAACACAUUUCCGUGGCCAUGAGACUAAGGAAAAGACUUCACCCAAGAACCGCAGACAAAAAAGACAAGAAAGCUCGAAAACAAAAGGCCAGGAAGAAGAAGAAAGGAGUCGAAGCCAUAGCUGUAGCUGCCUCAGAGGAACUCUUGCCUCCUGUAGUAGCUGAACCUUCUCCUCUACCUCCAUCACCUCCUCCUCCUCCUCCUCCUCUACCACCUCCACUACCAAGGAAGAGAAUUCAAAGAGUUUCUGGGCGGGGUGUCGGGGGAAGGCCUGGUAGGAAUCUCCCUCCAGAGAGUGAAUGGCGGAAUGAUCUCUGUCGGCUCACAAACCUGAGAAUAGCUGACUCCCAAACAUGGAUGGUGGAUGAUCUAAGCGCUGAGCUAGUGGCUACUGCUACUGAGAUUCUGGCAGGGAAGUAUCCAAGCUGGGAACUCUUUGAAGAAAUAUGCCCCUUAUUGGAGGAAGAAGAGGGAGACAAAAAGAAGGAAGUUGCUUUCUUAGAACCAGAGGAAACAGUCAAAGAGAAGCGGAAACCCAGGAGGGGAAGGAGAGCUAGAAGGCUGGCUAAGCAGGAAAAAAUGAAAGAAUAUGAAAGAAUAGAAGAGACUGUCUCAGGAGAAGAGCUGGCUCCAAAAGAGAUACAAGAGGCAGUUGAGAGAAAGCUGUCUUGGGUAGAGUGGAAGAAGUCUUGGGAUGAAUGGCAGAAAGUCCAGACUCAGAGGGCAGUGCUUUGGGAAGAGUGGAAGAAAGAAUGUGAUAAGAAGCAUUUCGAAGAAGAGGAGAGACUUCUGGCCGAAGGAAAGCUGUCACCAAGUGAGGAAGUAGAGAAACCGGAGAAGAAGAUGCUGAAAUGGGAUGAAUGGAGAGAGAUCUGGGAAAACGUAUCACAGACCAAAACUGAGAAAGAAUUGGAUUUAGGGGAAAUGCCAUUCCGGGAAGGGGAGGAAGAGGAGGAAGAGGAAGAGGAAGAGGAGAUAGAAGAAGAUGAAGAGGAAGAGGAGGAGGAGGAAGAAGAAGAGGAAGAGAUAGACGAAGAAGAAGCAGAAGACAGAAAGGUCCUCAGAAGAGAGAGGAAACAGAUCCAAGUGGCACAGAGACAGGCCAGGGCAGAGUGGAAACAAGCCCGAGCCCUAAGACAACGAGCUAGAGAGAAGAGGUUGCUCGCAAACGAAGAAGAGAAACUUGCACAGGAAGAGAAAAAGCUAGCCCAGGAGGAGAGAAAACUGGCCCAAGAAUAUGUGAAAAGGGCUACCAAGGGUGGAAAACUGGCCCGCAUAGAGAUGACCCUUGGUGAGAAAGAGAACUUUCUGGGCCAACAAGAGGAAAUUCUAAGCCAUGAAGCACAGCUACUGGCCCAGAAAAAAAAGAAACUGGCCAGAAAGCUGGAGAAAAUGGCACAUGAGGAAGAAAAAAUUGCAAAAAAAAUAGAUAAAGUGGGAGAAGUGAAAGCAGUGUUGGCCCAGAAAAUAGAAACCAUGAUGGAAAAGGAAAAGAAUCUGGUCUUGGAGGAAAAGGAGCUAAAAGAGGAAGCCAAGAACCUGGAAUGGGAGCGAAGGGAGCUCGAUCUGAAAGAAGAUGAACUGUAUGAGGAAAUACAAAAACUGGCUGAAAAAAGCGAGGCUCUGGCUAAGGAGGAGGAGAUGCUGGCCUUGUAUGAGCAGAACCUGUUCUUGGAGGAGGGGAUGCUGGCCCAGGAGGAAGAGCAGCAGAUGGAGGAAGAGAAAAGACUGGCCUGGAAGAAAGACACAACGCCUGAAGAGGUGAAGAGACUGCAAGAGAGGAGAGAUAAACUGAGGGAGAAGAAACAGAGACAGGCCCAGGAGAGAGAGAGAAUGGCUCAGAGAAAGACAGAACUCAAAGAAAAAAAGACAAGACUGGCCCAGGAGGAAGAAAGUCUGGAUCAGGAGAAGCACAUGCUGUCUCUGGAAAAAGAAAGACUGGCCCAAAGAGAAAAGGCUUUCCACGAUAAGGAAAAAAAGCUCCUGAAGGGGAAGGAGCAAUUAAAAGACAUAAAAAACAAGCUGGAGUCUUACCGAGAGAAGCUGAUUAACCUAAGUAAGAAGCUGAAGGAGGAGAAAGAGAUCUUUGUGGUGAAGAAAGAGAAGGUGGUUGUCACAGAGAAGGAAAUGGAGCAGGCAGACAAGCUUCUGGCGGAGAAGCAAGGGAAGCUGUCUGCAGAAAAAGUAAAGCUAGCCGAGGAGAUCACAGAAGUAAUUCAGAAUAGCAAACUUAUCCGAGAAGAGACUGAGAUUAUCAAAGAGGGGGAGGAGCUGACCUACGAAAUGAAAAAGGUGGCCAAGGAGAAGAUGAAGCUGAUGGAAGAGUCAGAACAGCCCCCCAUGACGGAGGUCGAGGAAGCCAUCUUAAGGAGAAGGAGACUGGCCACGCAUGAGAUCCAUCUAAUGAAGAAGAGAGUGUCGCUGGAGGAGAAGAUUCUAGCAUACGAAGACAGACUGUUGGCCACAGAGGAAAAGGAUGCUGCCAGAGAAAGUCUGGAUCUCUCCAGAGAACAGAGGAUACAGGCCCACGAAGAAAAGAAGUUAGCCAAAGCCACGAGGAAACUGGAUCGAGAGAAGGGUGUCUCUAAGGAGCCUGGAGAGACUAGAAAAUCCUUAAAGGCGCUUCAAAAUCUAGUCAACAAAGCAAGGAAACUGACACGGAAAGAAGCAAAGAUGACAAAGAUAAACCGGUCACUGUUAAUUAAGGAGAGCCAGCUCAGUGAGGAGGAGGAGAGACUUGACAUUAAGGAGUUGGAUGCUGGAGAAGAACAACCAGAGAUAAUCAUGGAGGAGAGAAAGCUAGCCAAGAUGCAAAGACGUCUGGCCAGGCAAAUGAGAAGGCUGAGAACCCAAGAGCAGAGAGUGGCUGAGGAAGAAGGGGAAUUUGACUGGGAAACAGUAGAGGUCUCAGAGGAGGAGGAGGAGGAGGAGGAGGUGGAAGAGGAGAAGGAGGAGGACCUUGAGACAGAGGAAGGAGCUCUAUUCGUUGAAAGGCAGUGGAUUAGGAGAAAAGCCUUCAUAGGGAUUCUUCCUGGGACAGAAAAGUUUUACAACCUAUUGGAACAGGUAGAACGUAAAGAGAACUUUUCCCAGGACAUGGAAAGCCUGUUGGUUGAGGUAGACAAAGAGAGUUUGUCUGAGGAAGAAAGCGAGGAGAAAAAGGAGGAGGGAGAGGAGAAAGAGGAGGAGGGAGAGGAGGAGGAGGAGGAGGGAGAGGAGGAGGAGGAGGGAGAGGAAAAGUGGAAAGAGGAGAAAGAACAAGUGGAGGAAGAGGAAAGGGAGAAGAAAAAAAAGAUGGAAAAGGAGGUGCAUGAAGAGGAGGAAGAAGAGGAAGAGGAAAAGGAGGAAGAGAUUGAAGAAAGCUCAGUGGCCCCAGCAUCUGAGGAGAUGGAAAUCAAGGAACCAGAAGUGAAACAGAUAUUCCAGGAGGAGGCCGUAGUGUCCAAGAUCCCCACGAUGGCACCCAUGAUAUCCUUGAGGGCAAAGGUGAUGGACAAAGAGCGGGAGUUGUUGGAGAAAUUCAAACUGGAACCUCUGCGCCUUCUGGAGGUGAUCUCAGAGUAUGAGAUAGCAGGCAUGAUCAUGCCGUUCACGUCUCGGAUGGUUAGAAGGGCCAUGGACGCUCACAGACUCCAUCUCAAAACGAAGUGGUUUCUGAAGCAUCACCCUUCUCUGGCAGGACAAACAAUGGGGCGGCUGCGUCUCCCUGAAAUCUCCCCUGAGGAACAAUACUCAGAGAUAGGAGUAUCAGACAUAGAGUGGCUGCAUGGCGUCCUGAAACAGAUGGAGGCAGGAGAAGAACUUUCCAGAUACAGUUUCCACAGACUGUGCCAACUCCUCAAAGACCUCACCGAAACAGGAGACCUGCAGUGGCUGCACCUGGCAGUACUUGAAGCCAUUGUGCACCGUCAUAAGCAGAUUGUGGAUUCAAGAUCUCUAAAACCUAGUAGAGAACCUAUGAGCCCCAAACAUCUGAAAGUGAUCCCUCCCAUAAAGGGAAGGGAACAGGCUGGCUGGCUGAAACCUUCAGCUGGCCCCGUACCAGGGUCAUUAGCUACCAAAAGUGUUACAGACCCAAAGGUUAUACACUGGCAUCUUCUAGGAGAGCCAUACAGAAGUACACGGCUGCAACAGUUAUCCAGUGCUCUGGAUGAAAUGGAGACACGGUCUUUCGAUCCUACCACAAGAGACAUUUUGACUGAAGCUCAUUCUUCCAUAAACAAUCAGACCCUGGCGCUGAUGUUUCAAAAAGACUUUGGGGAUCUUAAAAGUAAAAGCAGGUAUCCCAAACUGCCUAAGUUGGAGAAAAAACCUAUCUCCCCCAAAAAGGAAGAGGUACCUCCAUGGGAGACAUUUGUGGCGCUCUACCAUGUUUUGCGGAUGCUACAGCAGCAGUACGACAAAGACAAGGCUACUUGGAUGGAAAAGUUUUACCAGCUCAUGGACCUAUACCAGAUUAAGUCUCUUGGGAUCCAGAGGCUGCUGCUGGACCUGCUACUGACUGGAGAGCCCCGAUCACAAGAGUUCAUCUCCAAAGAGACUGUGAAGGCUGAGGAGCUGGUGCCUGGAGAGCGGCUACUGUACUGCUUGGUUUGCGGUGGCUCCCACCCCCCACAAAUCCCUCUGGGGUUCCGGAACGUCAUACCCCUCCCUGAACAGAAUAAUGUGCAUACCAUUAGUCCCAAAGGCACUGCCAAGUACGGGAUCCUUGAACUUGCCUGGAAGAGCCUGCCACAAGCUGACAUUCACCUCAUCAGGAAAGAGUCCCAUGUCAUUGUUCCCAGUCCCUAG